AUGCCUGAGAUCAGUGAUAAGUUAGUUUUUCAAUCGGGUGAAAAGACAUUGCUUGGCUUAUUAAGUGAUAAGAACUGUUUAUUUGUUGUCAAUAAGAAUCAGUUAACAAAAGUUCUGUAUCUAGAUCAACCACAUAAUGAGCCUGAAAUAUUAGAGACAUGUCAAUCGCCUACGUCUGUUUUUGCAUAUGAAGAUAGCUAUAUUCUGGUAACUUCGAUAAAUGGCGAUGUAUACCAAUAUUCAAAAGGUGGUAAGACUGAAUUACUGUUCAGGUCGGCCCUUCCAUUGCGAGACUGUGUAGCUAUACAUGCUGGUAAAACAUGUGUUGUUGGCGGAGACGACCUUGAAUUGACCUUCAUUGAUUUAAACGUAGGCCACAAAAAGGAUACUAUAAGGCUGAAUGAGCAGCUAUCACAGAUGUCAUAUAAUUCACAGAUGAAUAUUUUGACUGUAACCUUAGUUGAUGGCACGAUUGUAUUUUAUUCCCUCACUUCUGAGACUCCUAAUGAAGUUAAAAGGCUCGAAGGUUAUAUUGAGAAGAACUUUUACAAUGAUAUAGGCCUAAAUGAGGAGGGAACGGCCGAAUAUUGUGAUGAAAAUAGGUUAUGUACAAGAGUAUCAUGGCAUCCGCGUGGUUUACAGUUCGCGAUUCCUUCAAAAGAUGGGACAGUAAAAAUAUUUAAUCUCAGUGAUUUCUCUUUGAUUAAGACUUUGGCUUUGCAAGCCAAGUCUUAUUUCACUUCUUUGCUUUUCGAACCUAUCCAAGGCAGAUAUAUCGCGGCAACAGACUUGUCGAAUAGACUUACUAUCUGGGAUACAAUCAGUGGAAAGGUAUAUUAUUCUAAGGACCUAAGCUACAAAUUAACGAAUAUAAUUUGGAACGCAAAAGGCAGUAGUUUAGAGCUGUUAUUAGGUACUUGGACAGGUGAAGUAGUGACCGUAAAAGGUAUUGCAGAAUUGGAUGCAUUCUCCGCUGACAAAAACGAUUCACUUGAAAACGAACUCCCAAAAUCUAAGAAAAAUGCGUUAUUUCUGGAUUCCGACGAUGAUGAAUUAGGCACACCCUUACCAUCCCAGUAUAAUGAAAAUGACACCAAAUUGGAUCUUAACUCUGAAAAUGUGUUUACCGAUAAUGAAGAUCAAGAAGAAAAUAGUAAAAGGGAAUAUAACUAUGGAGAUGAUGAGCAAUUCAUUGAUGAUGAUGAUGAUGAUGGAGGCUACGUGACAAAGAAACCUAAAAUAGGUCCGGUUGCGUCUCUUUCGUCAACUGUAAGGAUUAGCAAAAAUCAACCACAGUCUAGGUUUCAUUAUAAGCCAAUAUCACCUGGAGGUACACCCUUUGGAUCUGCUGAUAAGAGAUAUUUAACAAUGAGCAAUCUAGGUUUUGUAUGGACUGUAAAAAGUGCUUCCGGUCAAUUCACAAUUACAGUAUCAUUUUUUGAUGUUGGUCGUUUCCGUGAAUACCAUUUUGAAGAUUUAUUUGGUUAUGAUGUAUGUUCCCUGAGUGAGGAUGGAACGUUUUUUGCUCAAAGCAAGUCUGGUGACAUAUUUUAUAGACCUCAUGACAGCUUUAGCCAUUCAAAGUGGACAAAGAAAAUACCAUUAGCUCCAUCGGAAAGAAUUACUAGUAUUGCUGCUACUCCAAAAAAGGUGGUUGUGGCAACUUCUCUAGGAUACAUUAGAAUGUUCAACGUCUUCGGUAUUCCUAUGUCUUUGGAGAAAAUGUCCCCGGUGGUAGCCAUUGCAGCUUAUGAAUAUAGAAUAUUUGCUGUCCAUUAUUCCCCAUACCAUGGUAUCCUUUAUUCUUUGUUUGAACAAAGUACAGAAAAUGGGGGUAAAUACUACCAGAAGGAAUGCCCAUUACCGAUAAGUUUACAGUUAUUCAACGGACAAUCUGAUCAGCAAAUCAGCUACACUUUCAGCGAAUUUAAUCCAUUGGGAAUCAAGUCGCUUUUUUUCUCUAGCUUUGGAGAUCCAUGUAUUUUUGGGUAUGAUAAUGUCCUAUUAGUACUCUCUAAGUGGAGAAAUCCUAUGGAGAGUAGGUGGAUCCCUUUGGUAGACUCCCAGUUGGAAUUGUGGAUGCUGUCAGGUGGCAAAAACCCUACCGAUGUUCACGUAUGGCCAUUGGGCUUAAACUAUGAUACCAUGAAUUACAUACUAAUUAAAGGUAAGCACUUUUGGCCGGAGUUCCCGUUGCCUUUGCCGUCCGAAAUGGAAAUCCGCAUACCACUACUAGACAAAGAUCAACUUGUAAAAAACGAAAAAGAGAACAACAAUGAGCAAGAAGAAGUGGUAGUUCCCGUUACAAUUGCAGCAGAAGAGGAGUACUUACGCUCAAAAAUUUUAGUAGAAUUAUUGACUGACACCAUUGAAAACGACGGAGAACUAUACGGUAAUGAAAAUGAGAUUCUGCAGUCAUUAUUUGGGGCUCAUGACAGGUCCCUUUUGAGACUAUUCGCAGCCGCAUGCUCAAACCAAGACUCUGAUAAAGCACUAUCAUUAGUUAAAGAAUUAAAACAAGAUAAAGCUCUUACCGCCGCUACUAAGAUUGCACAAAGAGCAGAGCUUUUAAUGUUAGUAAAAAAAGUUGCUGAAAUCAGAGAUGCAAGAUAUGAACUCCAAUUAGCCAGGACAUAG